GGCGGCGGCAGCGGGGCAGCGGGGCAGCGGGGGCUUGGUGCGGCCCAGCGGGCUCCGGCUGUGACAUGUACAACGUGGAGCUGGCCGAGCUGGUGUGGGGGAGGCGCCCGAGCGGAUCGCUCUCCGACUCCGUCUUCCGCAGAUGGACCCAAGGCUUUGUUUUAAGUCAAUCAGAAGCCACAGCUUUGGAACAGUUUGAAGGUGGCCCUUGUGCAAUGAUUGCACCUGUUCAGGCUUAUCUUUUAAAGAAUUUCCUGUUUCAUUCAGAGAAACAAAAUUGGCGAAGUUGUACAGAAGAAGAGCUUAAGCAUAUUUUCUGCCUUACUCUGAGUGAGAUUCUAGAAACUGUGAGAAUAAAUAACUCCAGCCCAUUCUGUUUGGUAAUGUGGGCGAGAGGAAAAGCAUCAGAAGAACAUGCCAGUAUUUCUGAAAAUCACCCAGAGUCCAGUCAAGGGACUGAAGAGGAACAGCUCUCUGCCUUGGCUGCAGACGAGCUUGGCUCUGAACGAUUUCAUACACUGAUUCAAAAACGUACAUUUGCAAAUGGUGCAGAGCUAAAGGAAGCAGUCUUAAAUCAGUAUUCAUCCUGGAGGAAUCGGUUUGGAGUCCUGCUCUUUCUUUAUUCUGUAAUUUUAACGAAGGGCAUUGCAAACAUUAGAAAUGAAAUUGAAGAUGCAGCUGAACCUUUAAUUGACCCUGUAUAUGGUCAUGGAAGCCAAAGCCUAAUAAAUUUAUUGUUGACUGGGUACGCAGUUCUCAAUGUAUGGGAUGGCGACAGAGAGUGCUCUGGAAUGAAACUUCAUGGUGUAAGAAAUCAAGCGGCUAUAGGCUUUCUGACAUUAAUGGAGUCCUUGCGUUAUUGCAAGGUAGGAACAUACCUGAAGUCGCCAAAAUUUCCCGUUUGGAUACUUGGCAGUGAAACUCAUCUAACUGUAUUCUUUGCUAAGGAGAUGUCCUUAGUUGCCCCCGAAUCUCCUUGGGAGCAAGCGAGAAGAGUAUUCCUAACAUAUGAUCCUGAAGAUAAUGGAUUUAUUCCAGACACUUUACUGGAGGAUGUGAUGAGAGCCUUGGACUUGGUGUCGGAACCUGAGUAUGUGAAUAUUAUGAAGAACAAAUUAGACCCAGAAGGACUAGGCAUCAUUUUAUUGGGAACAUUUCUACAAGAAUUUUUUCCUGAGCAGGAAUCUACUAUUCCAGAAUCGUUUACUAUUUACCAUUACAAUGGAUUGAAGCAAUCCAACCACAAUGAAAAGGUGAUGUACGUCGAGGGAACUGCUGUUGUUAUGGGCUUUGAGGAUCCAAUGGUGCGAACUGAUGACACUCCCAUCAAGCGCUGUUUGCAAACAAAAUGGCCCUAUAUCGAGCUCAUGUGGAAUACAGACCGGUCACCCUCCUUGAAUUAGUUCUAGAAAAUCCAAGACCAAACACAAUUCCAUAUAUUAUAAGCUGUACUGCUUUUGAAAUCUGUACACAAUUGCUGCUAACUGGAAUGUAGUGUCCAUAAAGUCCUUAAGAAACUAGACCUUAAUUUUAUUCUACUAAUUACUAUUGAUAAAGGUCCAAGUCACUGUCCUUCGUUGCUAAUCAAAAGAUUAUCCAAGGAAAAGGAUAACAUGCUGUCAAUUUGACUGUGUUUAAAGGAAUUGUUUAUUUAUAUCAUCCUGGAGAUGUAAAUCCACAAUACUUUUAAAUAAUGAUGCAUAAGGAGUAAUGUGCAGGUUUGGGACCUGAAAAUCUGGGUCUGGUUUGUGCCACUAAAACUGCAGUGGAGCAGGACUCCUGGCUGAUAUCAGCCAAAACUGUAGAUACCAAUGGGAUUCCAGAGGCCAAAAAUGGAUAGAAGAAACAUUCCAAAACAGAAUGUAUUUCUCCAAAGGUUAAAGAUUUUCAGUGAACGUAAGAAGAUUAGUUCUUUGGUACCGGUAUACAUCCUGGGCAUUUAACCAGCCCACUCCAUAACGUAUAUCACUUCCCUGCUCAAGGAUAAAAUGGUGCUGGCUGGAAUUUUCUGGCUCAACACAGGAGAUCACUCGGAUUUGCAAAAAAUGUAAUUGGAGGUAAGGAUAGCAAAUGAAAUAUUUGCCCUGCCCCAUUCCCCCAUACCACCUCCACCGCUGUAGAACCUGUGUCAGCUUUUAAAUAGUGGCAGCUCACUGAAACCAGAUUUAGUCCCAAAUUGAAGCAUUUGAAUCAAGCGCACAAACUGAAAGCUCAAAAUAUUUACUCCCUUCAAGAGUGGUGUGUUCUCCAGAAUAAUCUUUGUGAAGGAAUGUCUUCAAGGCAGUUUUUCACCUUGAGAAUCAUUUUGCAGAACCCAACAAUGUAGUUCAUGUAUUUGGGUGUUUUGUCUUUUGUCACCUAAGGACCCACCACAAAUAAUGUCCAUCAAGAAUAAUUAAUUCCAAUAUGGUGUGCAUAGUUAGAGAAACCUUAAUUGCUGGUUGGAUUUAUUCUUGUCAGAGAAUAUUGUCAGUGGGGCACAUGUGCUCAGACAAAUGCUUUUCCGAACUGGCACAAAAUUGCAUGCUCUGGGUUGUAGGUAUAAUGGGAAGUGGGAGUUAAGUUAUAUGGAAAGUCUACCCUUUACUCCACCCCUAUCCCAUUCCUCUAGUUGCCCUGUAAGUUAUAGUACAUGAAUUCCUCACGUAAAGCAAAAAUAAUCGACAAAACCCUGUAUAAACUAGUGCAGUUUGCAGGUUUAUUUAUCAUCAGCCACCCACAACCUUAACCAGUGACAGUGACUAAAAGCUUUAUCUUUUACAGUGAUCUCUUGUGAAAAACAAAUUGGUGGAUAUGUUUGGGAGAACCGUUUGCUUCACCUCAUUUUAUUUAGUGGUGCAUUGCAAUAUGCUUUUAACCACCAACUGAAACACUGGGUACGGUUUCCAAAACUUACUGGAAUUCUGGAGUUUCCUUUUUUUGAAAUGUAGCACAAUGGAAGCCGUAUAAAGAUAAAUUAUAAAAUCAAAUUGUGGCUAAAUAGAUUGUACAUUCUAAAUCUAUUCAGUGAUUCACACAGCUUAUUUCUGAUGUUACCCAGAUCUGUUGUUACAUUAUAUUGCCAAGAAUAAUUUUCUUUUGUGUCAAAAUUACACUGUUUGCCAGUGUUCAUGUGUAUUUAAAUUCUGCUUGUUGUUAAAUUGCAUGAGAAAUGAACAAUUUAUUGCCCAUAAAAGACACUAGUUCUCUUAUUUAUUAUGAUUUGAGAGUUGGCCUAAAAUAAAAAUACAGUUGAAAA